AUGCCCAAUCUGCUGCAGUGUUGCUGUCAGCAGCUGCAGCAGCAGGAAAAUCGCCAUUUAGGCUCUAGCUGCUUGCACACCAAUACCCAAGUGCAGCAGCAACAGCAACAGCAGCAGCAGCAGCAGCAGCAGCAGCAGCAGCAAAUAGACAGGAAAAAGCUGCAGCGUGUUAGUGACAGGUUGCAGGUCUUGCGGCUCUUGCUGCUGCAGCAGGUCCUCCUUAAGGCGAGAGAAAACGAGGGAAGCAAGAAGCAGCAGCAGCAACAACAACAACAGCAGCAGCAGCAGAAGCAACAGGAACAACAAGAGCCGCAGCAGCAGCAGAAGCAGCAGCAGCAGAAACAAGUUGAUAAGAAAGACACCCAAUUGCCUGCAGCAGACGCAGACGGCCUGCGCAGCAAGAGAACACGAGACCCAAGUGCUGCUGCUGCUGCUGCUGCAGAAGAUGCUGCUGCUGCUGCAGCAGCUGCUGCGCCUCCAGUAUUUAGUAUAGAAAAUCCCCUUGUUGCUGCGCUGCUGCAGCUGCAGCCGCAGCAGCUGCAUCCAAGACACCGCAACCUCUGCCGUUAUAUUCACGCGCUGUACCCUCAGCAGCAGCAGCAGCAGCAGCAGCAGAAGCAGCAGCAGCAAGGGGAGAAGGAGCAGCACAAGAGGGAAGCCGUGCUGGAGACAACUGGCUCAGAUGUGGCAGAUGAUGUGCAGCUGAGCAGCAGCAGCAGCAGCAACAGCAACAACAGCAGCAGCAGCAGCAGCAGCCGUGGCCGCAGGGGAGAUGCGUGUGAGGAUAACGAGUUACAGCAGCAGCAGCUGCAGCAGCAGCAGCAGCAACUUUCUCCUGAGGAGCAGCAACUGCAGCAGCUGUCACCAGAGGAGCAGCAGCUGCUGCAUGCAACAGCAGCAAAGGUUUUAGCAGAGGAGCCUGGUUUGCUGCAGCAGAUGCAGCAGCAGCUGCAGCAAAGCUGGCUAGACACCUUGCUGCGGCAGCACCUGCUGCUGCUGCCCCUUAAGGGGCCCCGUGCAGCAGCAGCAGCACAGGCAGAAGAACUAAUAGAGAGAAGCAGGAAACUACUGCAGCAGCAGCAACAACAACGGCAGCAGCAGCAACAGCAAACUGAUAGCAGCAGCAGCAGCAGCGCUCUGCUGCAGCUGCCUGCUUUUGCUGCUGUUGAAGCAGCACCGCCCUUGCCUACUGCAGCAGAAGUCGCAGCAGCAGCAGCAGAGGCCUCACAGCAGCAACAGCAGCAGCAGCAGCAGCAGCAGCAGUUCCUAUCGGUAGAGGAGGUGUUACAGCUUCUGCCUAUGGAGCCUCAAGAACAGCAGCAGCAGCAGCAGCAGCAGCAGCAUUUGCUGCUGCUGAGGAAGGCCCGCCGUAUGCUAAGAGAAGAAGCUCCUGCUGCUGCUGCUGCUUUGUCUCCUCAGCUGCUGCUGCAGCUGCUAGACAAGGCAUGCGCUGCAGCAGCUGCUGCUCGCCUACAGGCACUGCAACACAGCAGCAGCAGCAGCAGCAGCAGCAACAGCAGCCCUACCGGCGUCGUAGGUUUGCUGCUGCAACGCCUCCGACAAACUCGGCAGCUGCAGCUGCUGCAGCAGGAGAAGCUGCAGCAGCAGCAACUGCAGCAGCAGCAGCAACUGCAGCAGCAGCUGCUGCAGCAGCAGCAGGCAGCAAAUGCCUCUGCUGCCUCCCCUCCGACCUCAGAUACUUCUAGCAGUCUCCUUCGUGCUGCUGUGCCCCCUAGCAGCAGCAGCAGCAGCAGCAGCAGCAGUAUAGACGAGAAGGUCGCUGAGCUGCAGCAGCUUUUUCUUUCUAUGGAUACUGCGCUGCAGCAGCAGCGCGGGCAUACUUAG